CUGUUCGUGAUUCUUGGGUGCACGCCGAAUCGGGAGUUGAGUGGGGGUUUCCCCACUAGGUUCUUUCAAUAGUUCCACCAAAAAAUGGGAAGGGUGCUGUUUUGUAAGCUUUGUUGUUUUUUACUAGUUGCAUGAUAUGAAAUAUUAUCUAGGUUACAGAGUACCGUAAGAUCUACAUACAUGAAAGGGUUUCUCACUAGUGCUUGGCUUAUUGUCAGAAUUUUAUACUAUCCUCGUAGUCACUUGGGAAGAGGGAUUGCUUGCUAAUUAAUUGAUUUAGUAGGGCUCAUCCCUUGUGGCCUGUCCAUCCUCACGCAGGUGUGACCUGAGCACAAGGACAGCCGAGCCCAAGUCAGGUGGCAGCUUUAGUCUACAGUUUCUGUUCUUCCCAGGACUUCCCGAAACCGUGGUGACAAGCCCAGUAAACACUUCCUCUUUCAAACUGCUUUGUUCAGUUUUAUCAAAGGAACAGAAAAGCUAUCUUAGAACACAUAAUCUUGAUUUUUCUGCUCGGUGGUAUACCACAAGAGGCCAAGGCUGCAGCCGGGCCUUCCUCUUUCCCACCCGGUCCAGCAGACUCUUUUGCGGCAUUGAUAAGAGGGGUAAGCCCCGAAGUUUUAAGGUGGUGGCGACUGUAAACUUGAUUCUGGAGUCCAUGGCUUGGUGGGCACACGACGGACUGAGUUCCGACUCUCCCGUUGCUAUGCUGGACGUCUGGGCAUCUGAGACGCGAUGCGGGCGACGAUCCACCCAACCACCAUUUGACCGACGGCAUUUCCUACUCAUUGUGAAGCUCGCCUUUGGGUUCCAUUCGUCUCAUUCGGCUUCUUGGGGUUUCGUUUUCAUCUUUUCUCAAACCUACAAGUUAGAAGUAAUCUCCAGCUCACAGCGAGAGGAAGUCCCCCGUCCUUCAGACUCCAGGUCACUACGAAGGUAGGAAAGCCGUCAGCGCGAGCCAUUGGAGGGACUCAGGGCUGGCAGUCGUCAUUGCGAUUGGCUCAAGUAGACGGAAAACACUAGCUUUCCUUAUUCAUGCUGAGUUCUGAUUGGGCGUGACAUAAAAUAGCUUUUCUACAGGCCAAACCUGGUGUUGCUAAGUGAUAAGUCCCGCCUUCAAAGAUCUUUGAGAACAGUUUUACGGGCUGUAAGGCAAAUUGUGAUUGGUCAGAGCGCUCACGGAUGCUGUGGUAGUAAACACAGCCGGGGUCCUGGGAUUGCGGAUUGGUCAGAUUUUCAGGACGUCACUCCUACCGUGGGCCCGCCCUCCUGAUGAUUGGCCAUUGGAGGCCUGUGGGGGCGGUGACAUGGGUACCUCACAUCCGUUUACCGUAGGCCUCCGCAGGGUUCUCAAAGAACCGCGCGAACGGGCUGAAGGAGCCGGGAGCGAGGGGCGGGGCGGGCGGAAGUCACAGCCGGGGAAGCCAGUCUGGACCUUCCCGCCUCCUUCCUCAGGGUCGGUCCGAGCGGAGGAGGGCCAACCGCCUCCUCCUGCGAGGAGAAGGGGGGCGGAGCCCGGCUCAGGUGAGGCGACCCUAUCAGCUAGAGUGACCUGGGCGCGCGCGCGCAGGGCGCGCUCACGUGCAGGCGGUUGUGCACCGGGAGCGCGCGGAGGCAUCGGGGAGCGCGCAGCCGUUCCGGGGCCGUCUGUCCGCCCUGUCUUACUGCUGAGGGGUAUUGUUACCCUUCGCCUCGGUGGGGCCAGGAGGGUGGUAGCUCAGUUCUUGUGCGCAGGCGUCCCCUGUGUCCCGACGCCUGGCUGUCGGCGCGGGGUGGGGCAGGGACUGGUGCCCUGCAGAUCUGCUGCUGGACAUGGAGCCUCUCGGGAUGCUGUGGGGACCCGCGCUCGGGAUCUGCAUCCUGGCGGGAUGAACCGAGGAGCGGCUGCCCUGCGGGAUGGAGGCGAGUGGCUCGCUUGCUCCUGCCCUGGGUCCUCCUGAGCGAUGAGGUUUCGUUUCAUCAGAGCAAGGCCAUAAGCUGUCUGGAUUCGGGAGCCAGCGGCCGACAACAGGGGUGGAGUCAGCGUUUGGGAAUGUCCCAACUUGUUAGACAAAAGUGUUUAGUAGGCAUUUAUUGAAUGGCCACUUCUUCCAGGCUUCUUGCGAGGAGCUGUGGGGCGCGGUGGUAAGAGACAGCGGUCUCAUCUUCCCCUGGAGGACCGACUGCUUUGCACAUAAACAACAGUAGAAAUAAGGGAGCGGAUUAAGGGUUUCUGCUCUUUGUUUUGUUUUCCUAAAGUGCCACUUAGUAUGGUCAGUCUGCGUCCGAGCAUCGUGGCGAACACUGUAGGAACCACAUUCUGCUUAUUUUUAUUUUUGGAGGAAAAUUUUUGGGUCAAAGACUCAGCAAGGUCUUGAUUACCUUAGUAGUGUCAUCUGAGUCUAGGUAAUUGAAAUUAAUAAAACUCGCAAUUUUCAAGGACUGAAAGAAAAAUAUUUCCAAAAUAUGUUCUUGUACUGUUGAGUUGAAUUUACAUACAUUUAAGUUUUUAGAGAUUGAAGGGAAUACUGUGCCUUACUCGUUCGUGAUUUGUCUUUGUAUGACAUGUGUGCUUUAUAUGGUUUUAAAAAGUGGACCGGGCACUUCGUAAGUUUGCUAAAGAUUUUUGCUUUCAUUUGCUGAAAAGUCUCAUGGUUGGCAAUAAGCUAAAGGCUUACUGGGUAGGGGAAAGGAGAUGGGCAAAAGAGAGUGUUAACAGAAAGAAAAGCUUGCAAGCUAAAGGAAGGCCACUUUAACCCUUCUGGAAAUCUCAGCGAGCUUGGGAAGACAAGAGACAGAGCUGGCCUCUGCUGCAGCCUUGGUGACCCGCCAGGACAAUGGAUUUUCCUGGUCACUUUGAGCAGAUCUUUCAGCAGCUGAACUACCAGAGACUUCAUGGGCAGCUGUGUGACUGUGUCAUUGUAGUGGGGAACAGGCAUUUCAAAGCCCACCGCUCCGUGCUGGCAGCAUGCAGUACGCAUUUCCGAGCACUGUUCUCGGUGGCGGAAGGAGAUCAGACCAUGAACAUGAUCCAGCUAGAUAGUGAGGUGGUGACAGCCGAGGCCUUCGCCGCCCUGAUUGACAUGAUGUAUACCUCCACCCUCAUGCUAGGGGAGAGCAACGUUAUGGAUGUCUUAUUGGCAGCCUCUCACCUGCAUCUGAACUCUGUUGUUAAGGCAUGUAAACAUUACCUGACGACAAGGACGCUCCCCAUGUCUCCCUCUAGUGAGCGUGCUCAGGAGCAGAGUGCCCGCAUGCAGCGCUCUUUUAUGCUGCAGCAGCUGGGACUCAGCAUUGUGAGCUCAGCCCUCAGUUCCAGCCAGAGUGCGGAGGAGCCGACAGCCCCUAUGAGCUCAUCCAUGCGCAGUAGCCUGGACCAGCGGACCCCCUUCCCCAUGAGACGCCUUCACAAGCGCAAACAGUCCGUAGAGGAGCGGGCCCGGCAGCGCCUGCGACCCUCCAUGGAGGAAUCUGCCAUUUCAGAUGUUGCUCCAGAGAGCGGGCCUGCGGGAGUUCAUUCCCGGGAGGAAUUCUUCUCACCGGAUUCUCUGAAAAUUGUGGAUAAUCCUAAACCCGAUGGGAUGGCUGACAACCAGGAAGACAGUGCCAUGAUGUUUGAUCGGCCUUUUGGUGCCCAAGAAGAUGCUCAAGUGCCCAGCCAGUCAGAUGGCAGUGCUGGCAACAUGGCCUCUCGUGCAACUCAGGUUGAAACGAGUUUUGAACAAGAGGCUGUGGCUGAGAAAGGCAGUUUCCAGUGUGAAAAUCCUGAGGUUGGCCUCGGGGAGAAGGAGCACAUGAGAGUGGUGGUGAAAUCGGAGCCCCUGAGCUCUCCUGAGCCGCAGGAUGAAGUGAGUGACGUGACCUCCCAAGCAGAGGGCAGUGAGUCUGUGGAGGUGGAAGGAGUGGUGGUCAGUGCCGAGAAGAUAGACCUCAGCCCUGAAAGCAGUGACCGGAGCUUUUCCGAUCCCCAGUCCAGCACCGACAGGGUCGGGGACAUCCACAUCUUGGAAGUCACGAAUAAUCUAGAACAUAAGACCUCUUUUAGUAUUUCCAAUUUUCUCAACAAGAGCAGGGGGAGUAACUUCAGUGCAAGUCAGAGCACUGACGACAACCUCCCAAACACCACCAGUGACUGUAGGCUCGAGGGCGAGGCCCCUUACCUGUUGAGUCCAGAGGCUGGGCCAGCAAGUGGGCCUUCCUCUGCCCCUGGUUCCCAUGUAGAGAACCCGUUCAGUGAGCCUGCAGACUCCCACUUCGUCAGACCUAUGCAGGAGGUGAUGGGCCUGCCCUGUGUGCAGACCUCAGGCUACCAAGGAGAACAAUUCGGGAUGGAUUUUUCCAGGUCUGGCUUGGGUCUCCACUCUUCCUUCUCCAGGGCCAUGAUGGGUUCCCCACGAGGAGGGGCCAGUAACUUUCCAUAUUACCGACGAAUAGCUCCAAAAAUGCCAGUGGUAACUUCUGUCAGGAGCUCACAGAUCUCUGAAAACUCAGCCAGUUCCCAGCUAAUGAUGAACGGGGCCACCUCAUUUGAAAAUGGCCACACCUCCCAGCCUGGCCCUCCGCAGUUGACCAGGGCGUCUGCUGAUGUCUUGUCAAAGUGCAAGAAGGCCUUAUCGGAGCACAAUGUCUUGGUUGUGGAGGGAGCUCGAAAGUAUGCCUGCAAAAUCUGCUGUAAAACCUUCCUGACUCUGACGGACUGCAAGAAGCACAUCCGGGUCCACACGGGAGAAAAGCCGUACGCCUGCCUCAAGUGUGGCAAACGGUUCAGUCAGUCCAGCCACCUGUACAAACACUCGAAAACGACCUGCCUGCGCUGGCAGAGCAGCAACCUCCCGAGCACCCUGCUCUGAUCGCUCCUCGCCACAGCGCACAGGCCAGUCUGCACUGAAACUAAAACCGCUGUAGGCAGGCAGCUCUUGUCACUGGACUCGGUCUCACUGCCCAGUGGCUCUCAUGAAUUUCAGCCGAGAGUAAGCAGAGAACUGUUAGGUGUAGCCCUUACUAACCUGCACAUUUCUUAGGGUGGAGGAAUGCAGUCCUAAAGUAGGUUGUCACUGUUGUUAAGAAUAUCGAAUUUAAAAAUGAAAGUGCAGAAAACAUUUUAACACUAUUUUAAAGCUCUGUGAAGCAUUUAAUUAAAUGUCCUGUAUCCUGUGAUGGGAGUAUUCCAUCCCUGUACAGCAAUGCAGAACAUACCGUGUGUAACCAGGUGACUUGGUGCUAUCUGGAAAAAAAAAAAAAAAAAAGGUCCUGGAGGACAAGGCUGUCUGCCACAGAUGCUUAAAGUGUACCCUGAGCUAGCCCAGGCCUCUGAAAGUCCUGUGGAUUUUUUAUUUCUAUCUGAGUCGCAGUCACAGACACUGCCCUCUGAUGGUGCUCACACUGAGUCCAGGGAAAUAUGCCCUUGGACUACCAGGUGUAUAGACUUUUGAAUACAUCUCUAUGGCAUAGGUGUUUUUAGUAACUUUUCUGUUUGUUUUAAGAACUAAAGUUGUAAUGGAGUGUGUACUUGUAGGAGUGACAGUGAGGUGUUUCUGUCCGUGCUGUGUUAGCAGGGUUUUAACCAACGUGUAUUUCUGAUACUGUACUUGUCUGAUGUAAGUGGGAAGCUAGUGUCCGUCUUUCCUCUGGUGAUACGGAGUCCUGUGUAUGGGUUCUCACGGCGCAUUUGCCUUUCACGCCAUCUGGAUGCCCAAGGCCACCCAAGAUCAGCUGCCCUUGACCUUGUCACUUCUCACUCCCAAGCGCCAUAGAACACCUCUCCUGGGCGUAACCAGUUAGACUAACCACAGCAGCGCUGCUGUAGUUUUCUUCCUGUUGUGUAUGCUCUCACAGCUACACCUCAGCUUUCAGUGGUGUCCCUCCUCUAACUCAAUGUUGAAUCAGACUUAACUGUAGGAGUGUUCAUGUCUCCUCAGUUCUUCACAGGCUCUGGAAGAGUCAGGCAGCCUACAGCAUAGAAUUCACCAAAAAUACCCAAGAUUCUCGGGGUGGCAUUCAGUUCUCUGUCCCCUGAUAACCAUGCUGCCAGGGCUGCUGCAUCCUGACAUGCACCCAGGAGAAUAGCACAGGUUCAUGCAUAUCUGUAAGCUAAAGAUGAACAAGAAUGUUUUUCAUACUUUUUUCAGAGAUACCAAACCAUUGUACACAAUUCAGAGAAAUUCAUUAACUUUAGAGAGCCACUUAUUUCUGUAUAUCCUAAAACAAAAAUGAGCAUGUGUCUUCUCUUAAGCUGGUGUGACCAUGAAUCUGUGGCUUGACCUGUAAUGCUCUGAGAGGGCAUGACAUCUGAGCUGAUUCCCAGGGAAGCAAGCCCGAAUGGCAGGCUGGACUCCUGCUGCUGAGCAGCUGUGGGAAAGACCACUGAAGGCACUGGGGUCACUUGAGAAGAUGCUGUGCGGCUGAUGGUCAGCAGUCCUGUUGAGACACCAUGGGGUGGGUCUCUAUAUAUCACCUUUAUAGGGACCAGUGGGAGUCAGGUGGGUCAGCAUGGAGAACCAGAGCGGCCCUGCUGGGUGAGGAGCCAAUAUCACAGGCAUAGACUAGCAGUUGUCCUUCCUGUCUUAGGGACGUGGUGCUUCAAGUCUGCCCCUCACCUUGGCUUCGAUACAAGUGGACUUUGCUCUGGGGCCUGUCCCUGGCGCUCGACGGAGCUUGCCUCUCUGCUGCUGGGUGGACCUGGAAUCUCAUCUACCUCGUAGUCAGUCUCCAUGGGAGAAGCAAGCUUGAGGCCAGUGUCCUCCGACAUGCCGUAGCACUUAAAGAUUUCCAAGGGUCCCUGGGAAACAAGCCCAGGGUCGCUGCAACCUGGAGUUUCACUGGGAUUCUAACUGGGACUGGGGACCUGACUUUUGAUUUUUAGCCUUAAUUCUAGCCCGGCAUAAUCAUGUACAAUUUUUUGGAGGUGGCAUCAAGUGUAGGGGAACCCUAUCAGGUGCUAACGCUGGCCAAAACAGAUUUUAAAAUUAAAAAUUUGUCAUAUCCAUGCCUCUAAA